AUGUUGUCUCUCCACCCUCAAGACUUCAACUCCAACCCGUGCUAUCUGCCCUACCGGUCUUUCGCGGGCCCUGCGAUCACAGCCGACCACUCAACCUUUGUGCCCUUCACCAUGGGCGGCGCCGUACAACCUCCAACACCACAGCACGAGGACCACAUGGAGAUGGACGGCCCCGCAGAACCCCUCAGCCCACGCACAUCCCCUGCCCACCACACAUCACCCCAGCACCAGCAAAACCAACAGCAGCGCUCAGCCUCGCCCCGGACAUCACCCGCCGUGCAGCCGCCGUCCGACUUCGGCAACCUGGAUCCCAACACGGUAGCCGAGGCCCUGGAGAUCGCGCGCGACAGCCCGGACGGCGCGCGGGACCCGGUCGUCAGCGGCAUCCUCGAGUCGGCGCUCACCCAGCUGUGGGACCGCGUCACCGCGCAGCCCGAGAGCUACGUCAUGUCCACUGGCGAGUUCGCCGUCUUCAACUUCUACCAGCACCGCUUCGUCGGCAACAAGCUGGCCGUCGCAGCGAGGAGGAGGUUCUGGGACAACACGCACGCAUGA